AUGGGCAGCCCUGACAUCCCCAGCCCGGUCGCAACUCGCGCUAAAGGGCGCAAGUACGGCUUUGCAUGUCUCUCCUGUAGACGGAAAAAGAUCAAGUGUGACGGCAGCAAACCAAUAUGUAUCAACUGCAACAAAUCGAAAGAAUCAUGUGUAUACAGGGACAACCCUGCUUUCGUCGGCUAUCUGGCCGAAGAGUUACGCAAAUCCAAAAUUCGUGUUCAGGAGUUGGAAACUGUCAUCAAGGAGUUGUUGAUUCUGGACUCGGAGUCGAGACAUCUUCGGAUUGCAGCCUUGGUUUCUGAAAUGGAGCGGCAGCGGUCGUCACCGUCACCUGGUUCUUCGACACUCUUGGAAUCAGAUGAGUCUCAUGCGAAGUUGUCGGUGUCUUAUGGGGGAAGUGUUGAAUACAACAUUGACGAGAAUGGGAGGCAACAGUAUUUUGGAGCAACUUCAAGGUUUCAUACUCUAUCCGAGGCCAGUGAGCACCUGGAGAAUGUAUUGGAUACGACUACCGAACAAGAGUAUUCAGAUAUUGAAGAAUACCACCGGAAAUGGCAUCUAUCUAAUUCUCGCUGGCAAGCGUCUUGGGAGAAGCAAGCACACGAUAAUAUACCCAAAUAUACGGACGUCGAUGCAUCGCUGUGUUCGCAGCUACUAGACGUGUAUUGGACAUGGCAGGGUCCAUUACAUAACUACGUAUAUCGACGCUGCUUCUUCCGUGAUAUGGCCAUCGGUGGCCCUUAUUUUUCCUUGUUUUUGUUGAACGUCAUGUUCGCUCACGCCAUGCGCCACAUGCCCGAGGAAGAUCCAAGAUUCAAACCAUUUGAGAGAGGCGAGUUCUUCAUGAAGAGGGCAAUGUUGCUGUUACUCGAUGAAAUGAAAGAAAGUAAACCAAAAAUCCCGACUAUACAAGGACUACUGAUCCUAGGCGGCCGACAAUGUGCUGUUGGGAAGAGUAGUGAGGGAUGGCUGUACACCGGCAUGGCAAUAAGAAUGAUUACGGAUCUCGGUCUUCACUUGCGGAAAGGGAGAAAUGCAAUGUUGAAAGAAUACGAGCCUGAUGAUCUCGAAGUCAGGAAGCGGUUGUACUUAUCUUGCUAUGCCUGGGAUAAGUGUGACACCGUACUCUUGAAGAUAACCCCUGAUGCUGGCUAA